GGAGGUGUUCCAGUAGAGGUAUCAGCGGUCAGAGGAGGCCUUUUCUGUGUUGAAUGAGAAAUUCUUCAUCUCUGGGGAGAUUCAGGGACAUCCUUAGAUUAUGUGGAUUUCAAUAAGCCUGCAAUCUCACCUCAUCUCUGGUAGCAGAGAGAAUAGGUUGUGAUUUCCUUGAAAGACAGAGCCUAGAGAGUUCUGAAACUAGAGUAGUUUUAACCUUGAGAAGUGAUUCACCCCAGGAUGUCACAGCAGUACUUAAUUCUAUUAAAUUUUGAUUUUUGUGGUCUGGAUUCUCUCACACUGGUCCACAUUGCUGUCUGGUGUUUUCAGAAAGAUUCCUCUACUUCCCCCUUUCACUUCAUUAUCUCAAUCAGCUUUAUGCAGAGAAGAAGCUUACUGAGCUCACUGCUGGUGCUGGUGUAGGCAAGUGCUGCUUUGGCAAUCUGGGCUGACCUGGCUUGUCUCCUCAGAACUCCUUCUCCAAUCCUGGAGCAGGCUUCCAUGCUGCUGUGGGCGUCCUUGCUGGCCUUUGCUCCAGUCUGUGGACAAUCUGCAGCUGCACACAAACCUGUGAUUUCCGUCCAUCCUCCAUGGACCACAUUCUUCAAAGGAGAGAGAGUGACUCUGACUUGCAAUGGAUUUCAAUUCUAUGCAACAGAGAAAACAACAUGGUAUCAUGGGCACUACUGGGGAGAAAAGUUGACCCUGACCGCAGGAAACACCCUCGAGGUUCGGGAAUCUGGACUGUACAGAUGCCAGGCCCGGGGCUCCCCACGAAGUAACCCUGUGCGCUUGCUCUUUUCUUCAGACUCUUUAAUCCUGCAGGCACCAUAUUCUGUGUUUGAAGGUGACACAUUGGUUCUGAGAUGCCACAGAAGGAGGAAAGAGAAAUUGACUGCUGUGAAAUAUACUUGGAAUGGAAACAUUCUUUCCAUUUCUAAUAAAAGCUGGGAUCUUCUUAUCCCACAAGCAAGUUCAAAUAACAAUGGCAAUUAUCGAUGCAUUGGAUAUGGAGACGAGAAUGAUGUAUUUAGAUCAAAUUUCAAAAUAAUUAAAAUUCAAGAACUAUUUCCACAUCCAGAGCUGAAAGCUACAGACUCUCAGCCUACAGAGGGGAAUUCUGUAAACCUGAGCUGUGAAACACAGCUUCCUCCAGAGCGGUCAGACAUCCCACUUCACUUCAACUUCUUCAGAGAUGGCGAGGUCAUCCUGUCAGACUGGAGCACGUCCCCGGAACUCCAGCUCCCAACCGUCUGGAGAGAAAACUCAGGAUCCUAUUGGUGUGGUGCUGAAACAGUGAUGGGUAACAUCCACAAGCACAGUCUCUCGCUACAGAUCCAUGUGCAGCGGAUCCCUGUGUCUGGGGUGCUCCUGGAGACCCAGCCCUCAGGGGGCCAGGUGGUUGAAGGGGAGAUGCUGGUCCUUGUCUGCUCCGUGGCUGAAGGCACAGGGGACACCACAUUCUCCUGGCACCGAGAGGACAUGCAGGAGAGUCUGGGGAGGAAAACUCAGCGUUCCCUGAGAGCAGAGCUGGAGCUCCCUGCCGUCAGACAGAGCCAUGCAGGGGGAUACUACUGUACAGCAGACAACAGCUACGGCCCUGUCCAGAGCGUGGUGCUGAAUGUCACUGUGAGAGAGACCCCAGGCAACAGAGAUGGUCUUGUCGCCGCGGGAGCCACUGGGGGGCUGCUCAGUGCUCUUCUCCUGGCUGUGGCCCUGCUGUUUCACUGCUGGCGUCAGAGGAAGUCAGGAGUUGGUUUCUUGGGAGACGAAACCAGGCUCCCUCCCGCUCCAGGCCCAGGAGAGUCCUCCCAUUCAAUCUGCCCUGCCCAGGUGGAGCUUCAGUCGUUGUAUGUUGAUGUACACCCCAAAAAGGGAGAUUUGGUAUACUCUGAGAUCCAGACUACUCAGCUGGGAGAAGAAGGGGAAGCUAAUACCUCCAGGACACUUCUAGAGGAUAAGGAUGUCUCAGUUGUCUACUCUGAGGUAAAGACACAACACCCAGAUAACUCAGCUGGAAAGAUCAGCUCUAAGGAUGAAGAAAGUUAAGAGAAUGAAAAGUUACGAGAACGUCCUACUCAUGUGAUUUCUCCCUUGUCCAAAGUCCCAGGCCCAGUGCAGUCCUUGCGGCCCCUGGAAUGAUCAACUCAUUCCAGCUUUCUAAUUCUUCUCAUGCAUAUGCAUUCACUCCCAGGAAUACUCAUUCGUCUACUCUGAUGUUGGGAUGGAAUGGCCUCUGAAAGACUUCACUAAAAUGACCAGGAUCCACAGUUAAGAGAAGACCCUGUAGUAUUUGCUGUGGGCCUGACCUAAUGUAUUCCCUAGGGUCUGCUUUAGAGAAGGGGGAUAAAGAGAGAGAAGGACUGUUAUGAAAAACAGAAGCACAAAUUUUGGUGAAUUGGGAUUUGCAGAGAUGAAAAAGACUGGGUGACCUGGAUCUCUGCUUAAUACAUCUACAACCAUUGUCUCACUGGAGACUCACUUGCAUCAGUUUGUUUAACUGUGAGUGGCUGCACAGGCACUGUGCAAACAAUGAAAAGCCCCUUCACUUCUGCCUGCACAGCUUACACUGUCAGGAUUCAGUUGCAGAUUAAAGAACCCAUCUGGAAUGGUUUACAGAGAGAGGAAUUUAAAAGAGGACAUCAGAAGAGCUGGAGAUGCAAGCUCUAGGCUGCGCUUCCAAAAGCAAAUGAUAAUUAUGUUAAUGUCAUUAGUGACAAAGAUUUGCAACAUUAGAGAAAAGAGACACAAAUAUAAAAUUAAAAACUUAAGUACCAACUCUCCAAAACUAAAUCUGAACUUAAAAUAUUAGUAUAAACUCAUAAUAAACUCUGCCUUUAAAAAAAGAUAAAUAUUUCCUACCUCUGUUCACUGAAAUAAUUACCAACCCCUUAGCAAUAAGCACUCCUUGCAGAGAGGUUUUAUUCUCUAAAUACCAUUCCCUUCUCAAAGGAAAUAAGGUUGCUUUUCUUGUAGGAACUGUGUCUUUGAGUUACUAAUUAGUUUAUAUGAGAAUAAUUCUUGCAAUAAAUGAAGAAGGAAUAAAAGAAAUAGGAAGCCACAAAUUUGUAUGGAUAUUUCAUGAUACACCUACUGGUUAAAUAAUUGACAAAAACCAGCAGCCAAAUAUUAGAGGUCUCCUGAUGGAAGCGUACAAUACCACCUACAAAUUAUCCAUGCCCCAAGUGUUAAAACUGAAUCCAUUCAAGUCUUUCUAACUGAAUACUUGUUUUAUAGAAAAUGCAUGGAGAAAAGGAAUUUGUUUAAAUAACAUUAUGGGAUUGCAACCAGCAAAACAUAAACUGAGAAAAAGUUCUAUAGGGCAAAUCACCUGGCUUCUAUAACAAAUAAAUGGGAAAAAAAUGAAAUAAAAAGAAGAGAGGGAGGAAGAAA